AGAGCUAAGAAGCGGUCGUCUUUUAUGUACCUCGGAGUAUUUUUUUUCUCUUCUCUCAGUCUUUCGUUUCUCGCCGAUUUACGAAGUAGCUAGGAAUUACACGUUAUACUAGGAUGCAGGUGAAAAAGCAAAGGUGUUCGGAUGAGCGCCCAGGAGACGUGCAACGAGAGGACCCAGAGAAAAAGUCUUCUUGCUUCUCAAAUAUUAAGAUAUUCUUGGUAUCGGAAUGUGCCCUGAUGUUAGCACAGGGUACAGUCGGAGCUUACCUGGUCAGCGUGCUCACCACACUGGAGCGGCGUUUCAACCUGCAGAGCGCAGACGUGGGCGUGAUUGCCAGCAGCUUCGAGAUCGGCAACCUGGCCCUCAUCCUGUUUGUCAGCUACUUCGGGGCCAGGGCCCACCGGCCACGGCUGAUUGGCUGCGGGGGAAUCGUCAUGGCGCUGGGCGCGCUGCUGUCCGCCCUGCCGGAGUUCCUGGCCCACCAGUACGAGUACGAGGCGGGGGAGUCCUGGCGGGCGGACGAGGGGAGGGACGUGUGCUCCAACGUGUCCCGUUCGGAGUGGCGGGACCCGGACUUCCUGUGCGGGAACAGAGCCAACACCAACAUGAUGUACCUGCUGCUGAUUGGUGCCCAGGUGCUGCUGGGGAUCGGGGCCACCCCAGUGCAGCCCCUGGGUGUGUCGUACAUCGACGACCACGUGCGGAAGAAAGACUCCUCCCUCUACAUAGGUAUCCUGUUCUCCACGCUGGUGUUCGGACCGGCCUGCGGGUUCAUCCUGGGCUCACUCUGCACCAAAUUCUACGUGGACGCGGCCUUCAUCGAUAUAAGUAAGCUGGACCUGACCCCCGAUGACCCACGCUGGAUCGGAGCCUGGUGGGGCGGUUUCCUGCUGUGCGGUGCCUUACUCUUCUUCUCUGCGCUCUUCAUGUUCGGCUUCCCCCAGUCCCUGUCAGACUGCGAGGUGGAGAGCGGGGGCGAGAGCGAGCAAGCCAUGCUGCCCCCCCCACGGGAGUACGAGGGCUCCAAGCCCGCUAAUGGCGUGCUGCGCCACCACGAGCCUGACACCGAGCCUUCCUGCUGCCAGCAGCUCAGAGUGAUCCCAAAGGUGACGAAACACCUUCUCUCAAACCCGGUCUUCACCUGCAUCAUCUUGGCAGCCUGCAUGGAGAUUGCUGUGGUUGCCGGCUUCGCCGCUUUCCUGGGGAAGUACCUGGAGCAGCAGUUCAACCUCACCACGUCCUCAGCCAAUCAGCUUCUGGGUAUGACGGCAAUCCCCUGCGCAUGUCUGGGGAUAUUCCUGGGCGGGUUACUGGUGAAGAAGCUGAACCUGUCCGCUUUGGGUGCCGUCCGCAUGGCCAUGCUGGUCAACCUGGUGUCCACAGCCUGCUACGUCUCCUUCCUCUUUCUGGGAUGUGACACGGGACCUGUUGCUGGGGUGACCGUUGCCUACGGCAAUGAGACGCUGUGGGCGGGGCAGAAGCCGGUAGCUCCCUGCAUUAAAAACUGUAACUGCUACACCUCCUCCGUCAGCCCUGUGUGCGGCUCGAACGGCGUUACCUACCUGUCCGCCUGCUUCGCCGGCUGCACCAGAUCGAAUCUGACUGGGUGUGCCUGCAUCUCCAACGACAGUGAGUUUGCCACGGCGGUCCCUGGGAAGUGUCCCAGCCCAGGCUGCCAGGAGGCCUUCCUCACCUUCCUCUGCGUCAUCUGUGCCUGCAGCAUGAUCGGAGCCAUGGCCCAGACACCCUCCGUCAUCAUCCUCAUCAGGACAGUCACUCCAGAGCUGAAGUCGUACGCACUGGGAGUUUUAUUCCUACUGCUGAGGCUUCUGGGUUUCAUCCCCCCUCCCUUGAUCUUCGGCGCGGGGAUCGAUUCCACAUGUCUGUUCUGGAGCACGGUCUGCGGGGAAAAGGGCGCCUGCAUGCUGUACGACAACGUGGCCUACCGGCACCUCUACGUCAGCAUCGCCAUCGUCCUCAAGCUCACAGCCUUCCUGCUCUACACCACCACCUGGCAAUGCCUGCGCAGGAACUACAAGAAGUACAUCAAGAACAGCGAGGGGUACCUCACCCCCACCGAGCUUUUCGCCUCAAACCUCACACUGGACAGCGCGGGGAAGGACAUCGGCCAAAAUGCGGCCAGCAGGACGAAGUUUAUAUACAGCCUGGAGGAUCACGAGUGGUGUGAGAACAUGGAGUCUGUUUUAUAGUCAAAAACAGAAGAGCAGGACUAUGC